AUGACGCUCAAGAAACUAGAUCACACAUUCACACACCAGCAACUAUCUUAUGACGCUGAGCCAAACUAUCAGCCAUACAUCCGUAUCUCCUUCUUCUUCAGUAAACUUGAGCACGUCAGCUACGAACAAUUCCAUCGCCACUUUGAAACCGUUCAUGCCGACCUCACGGUAGCCAGCAAGGCGUUCAAGGAUUGCCAUAUUGGCCGAUAUGUUCAGUUCCAUCAAACGCCAGAGCUAAAAGAGAAAGCAAAGGAGCUUGGCUUACCUCAGCUCGAAUAUGAUGGAUGCUCUGACCUCUACGUAAAAUCAUGGGACCAUUGGAUGAAGUUCUGCAAGAGCCCUGAGUAUACCGCCGUAAUGAAUCCUGACGCUGUCCAUUUCAUGGGUCUACCAGUCUAUGUCAUGGUCGGUUAUGAUAACUUGAUCUUCGGAGGGCCAACUCCUAAAAUUGGAUCAAAUGCCGGCGUCACCGAGGAGGAUUUGUAG